CAGUUCUAACCUUCGUCUGCUCCCAACAUGUCCGUCAAGGCUAUAAUUGUUACCACUUUCGUGGUAGUCACUGUAGCUCGCCCUAAUCCUCUCCCCGAUGAAGCUCCGGCCAACGGGUAUUCUCUCCCUCCACCUCCACCUCCACCUCCACCUCCACCUCCAACAUAUGGUCAGCCCAGCCCCCCAUUUGAGCCUCCUGCAAAGUACGACUUCGACUGGUUAGUAAAGGACGACGAAUCCGGCAACGACUUCGGUCACCAGGAAACCCGUGAUGGACCCCAUACCCAGGGUAGCUAUUAUGUACUACUUGCUGACGGUCGUGUGCAGAAGGUGACUUACACUGUCGAUGGUGAAGGUGGUUAUAUUGCCGUGGUGGCGUAUGAAGGUGAGGCCAAGCCUCCUGCACCCGUCUACACCCCAUCUCCUCCUGUCUACGGCUAAAUAAGCAAUCAUAACUCAACUGUAACCCACGAGGGCAAGUCCAAAUCCCAUAAAUUUACCCUGAUCUCUUACAUAGCAGCACUUACACCCAAAAGUGAGGUCAACUGUUGCCUUUAAGUUUGAUUGAUUCUAUUUAUUGGUAUGGUAGUAAUCACUGUAAAUGAAUAAUAAAU